AUCUUCAACGACCCAAAGGCGGCGAUGACGUUCCAGGUUGGGCAAAACGCCAUGAUGGCAGGAUCCCAGUACAUGGAGCAAGAGUUUAACAAGUACAUCCCGACUGGAACCUUCAAGUACUACUUCAAAGUCUCAAAUGACUAUGUUUUGAAGAAGCUGUUGUUGAUACUGUUCCCAUUCAAGAAUAAGAUCUGGACAAGGACUCUGCGCCAAACUCCAACAGGUGACAGCAACAACACGUCCGUGUUGGAAUCGUAUGCGUUCCCAUUCGAUGAUACCAAUGCGCCUGAUUACUACAUUCCAUUGAUGGGCACCGUUACCUAUAUCAUCUUGACUGCAAUGCUUGCAGGUUUGAGAAACGAGUUCUCACCAGCACUUUUGGGCAACCAAUGGACGAUGACAAUUGCCUAUCUCCUCAUAGAUUUGGCAGUGUUGAAAGGUGGUAUCUACAUGCUGGGAAUAUCUUCCAACGUGUAUGACCUUAUAGCAUAUGUUGGUUAUAAAUUCGUGCCAUUGCUGAUCAUAAACAUUGUGAAGAACGUUUCAUCAAUAAGAUACUUGAACUGGAUCAUUUACAUCUAUCUGAUCAUUGCCUAUGGCUUCUUUGAAUUGAGGGCCAUCAGAUUCAACCUCUUUGGCGGUAUCAACAGUCCAACGCAAGCAAUGGGAGGAAAAGCUCUCAAGAACUCAAACUAUUUCCUCUUCCUCUACACGUUUAUUGGCCAAAGUUUACUCAUUUGGGCGCUCAGUUUG